GUGAUAUUGCCGGACGUUUCUGCCGCGCUGUGUGCUAGCUAGUCAGUGAGGGACAUGCUUCAACAACACAAUGGACUGGACUGGUAGCUCCGUCUAAUGCUCUGUCCAUCAAGCAGCUAGCGGCCAACUAUCUCUGUUGGCUUUUUAGCUUCGCAAAGAUUUAAAAGCAUCACGGAUUCCGCUCUCUCGUCUUCCAUCACCAUGGGCGGUCGUCCGAGAUCUCUGCUCGCCGCCCUGAUGACGCUGUGCUCGGCCGCAGCGUCGACUCAUGCGGAUGGAGCUCCGCCCUCUAAAAUAGCUGUGGUGGGGGCCGGCAUCGGCGGCAGCGCCACCGCUCAUUUCCUGCGUCAGCACUUUGGUCCAGAGGUUCAAGUGGACGUGUAUGAGAAGGGUGAGGUCGGAGGUCGUCUUGCUACAGUAACGGUCAACCAGUACGACUACGAGUCUGGAGGCUCCGUCAUUCACUCGCUCAAUCUCCACAUGCAGGACUUUGUCAAACAGCUGGGACUAAAGUACCGCCGCAACGUGGCGGGAAAGACGGCGGUGUUUAACAGUGAGGAGGUAAUCCUGGAGGAGACUGACUGGUACUUGCUGGACCUCUUCCGCCUGUGGUGGCGCUAUGGCAUCAGCUUCAUCCGCCUGCAGAUGUGGGUGGAGGAGAUCAUGGAGAAAUUCAUGAGGGUCUACAAGUACCAGGCCCAUGGCUAUGCCUUCAGUUCUGUGGAGGAGCUGCUGGGCUCUCUGGGGGGGAGUGGCUUCAUCAACAUGACGCGGAGGCCGCUCUCUGAUUCUCUGCUGGAGCUGGGCGUGUCUCAGCGCUUCAUCGACGAGGUCAUCGCUCCCAUCAUGAGGCACAACUAUGGCCAGAAUGUCAGCAUUCCUGCCUUCGUAGGUGCUGUGUCAUUGGUGAGCGUUCAGAACAACCUGUGGGCAGUGGAGGGCGGGAACAAGCUGGUGUGUUCAGGCCUUUUGAAGAUGGCCAACGCCAACCUCCUGCCAGCACAGGUCACGUCUGUGGACCCGCUUCACUCUGGGGGCACACUUCAGUACCGACUGAGCUUCACUGAGGCCACAGAGACCAAAUCGGAGUUGUACGACAUUGUGGUGCUAGCGACACCGCUCCAGGCCGGCGUCCAAUCAGGCAUCUCUUUCAGAGACUUUACGCCACCAAUUGUGCAACCAGCGGGCGACUAUCACAGCACGGUCGUCACCGUCAUUCACGGUUACCUCAACACCUCGCUUUUUGGCUUCCCAGACCCCCGCCUCUUCCCCUACGCCUGUGUCCUGACCACAGAGACACCUGGCCUGUUCUUCAACAGCGUGGCCAGCAUUUGUCCCGUCAACAUCUCGGCGGGCUUCAGGCGGAAACAAGCGCAAGAGGCUGGUGUCUAUAAAGUGUUCUCAUCGCAGCCGCUGACCAAGGCUCAACUAAAGAUGCUCUUCAGGUCCUACUACUCGGUGCAGGUGACGGAGUGGCAGGCGUACCCUCGUUACGGCAGCAGUGCUGCGUUGCCCCCCGUGGAGCUCCAGCCAAACCUCUACCACCUCAAUGGUAUCGAGUGGGCCGGCAGUGCCAUGGAGAUGAGUUCGGUGGCAGCCAAGAACAUCGCCCUGCUGGCUUACCACCGCUGGAACAGGCAGACUGACAUGGUGGACCAGAAGGACCUCAUGCACAGCGUCAAGACUGAACUUUGACCUCAAGCAGGCCAAUUUAUGACUGAUUUAAGAUUUCAUGAAGGUGGUCAAGUAGUCUAUCGUGCAAAUGGCCCAGCCUUACUCCAGUGGACCAUUACUCUAUUGUUCCGUAAUCCAUAUAAGGAGUAUUUCCUGCUGAAUAUUUGAGCCACAAAGGGUGAAUGUUCUGCCAUUAUUUUGGUUUGAUUACUAAUGUGACAGCCCGGUAAUAGAUUACUUGUAUGACUGAAGCAAGCCGAGUAAUAGAUUACCUGUAACUUGGCCAAGAAAGGAAAUGCUUUGUGUUAUUAACAGCCUUUUUUUCUUUUUGUUUUGUUUGUUUCUCUCUGUUCAGUCAACAGGUAUUUAUGCAAACGAAGCUAAGUACUUUGUAUAAAUCAGUUAUCUUUUCUCGACAUUGAUGAAUGAUUCCUGACCUUUUCUGUGUCCAGGUCGGAGGAUGGAGGCUUUGACUAUUUUUCAAAUUGUAUGGGAUACUGAAUAUGGGGUUUUCCUUAACUGUAAGCUAUAAUCAUCAAAAUUAUUAAAAAAUACAUUAUUGAAAUAUUUCACUCUGUAUGGUGACUCUAUGUAGCACAAUAGUACCACUUUUAAC